AUGCCAAUGGGCGCAUCUCCAUCUCAGCUCUAUGCCAACUCUUUGGACUUCCCAAUGAGACAGCACAUGACUUCAAGGAGAACUCAAAGAGGAAACAAGCUGCCUUUGCUGAUUGGACACACUUUGCCAAUGAACCAUUCUUGCCUUCAAGGUCAAAGGUGUCUAGAAUCACCCAUCCAGCCAUUCGCUAUGUGCACCGCUAAUGUGCGGGAUCAGGUCUUCCCCUUUCCUAUCCCUGACAAGUGCACAGGUCAGACCAGUAGUAAAGGUGUCGAACACAAGUUAUGA